GGCUCAAAGCCGAGCUCACCCCGGGCUGCGGCGGGGACGGACAGGGCGGUCCGACUUGUUCCUGCAAAUCAGACGAUUAAGUAUUUGGCUAUCUCAGAGAUGGCUCAGGAAGAACCCACUGUAGCUGCUUUGAAAGAUAAUCUGUCAGCAGAGAGCCUCUUUAGCAAAAUGUUCUUGUGGGGGCGUGGUGGUUUUAAUAUAAUGUGCUUAGAGCCUGAAAUACUGUUUCUCAAAAGGCUGGGAAUUAGUCAGGAAAGGAAGGAGAGGAGGAUGCUUCCAGGGAUGAAGCUCAUCAUCCUGCCCCUGUCUCUUGCAGUACAGGACAUGCUCAGCCUGUAGGUUCAGGCCUUAUAGUACUUGGAAACCCUCCCUGCAGAUCAUUUGGAAGACGGGAAGGGCUUGAAUGUGGCAUUUGCACUGUCUCAAAGAAGAGUCUGUCAGUUCACUGGUGUGAUUUUAUAUUUGUCUGUGGAACAGAUUGUUAGCCCUGCCUGCCAUUGGUGGGGGAAGGAUGCAGUGUUGUCCAUCUUAAUCCUUUAUAACCUCAAAACUAGUUUGAGGCCAUUCAAGCCUUUCCUGGUGUGCAAAAGUGAGUAUACAUCUGAGGAGAGAAAAUAAAAUGGAAUUGUUCUUUUUACUUAAGGCUUGCAGCAAAAAGGACGGCUCAGUGUCCCCCAGGCCCCUGGCUCUGGGCCCGGUGCUCCCGGCGGGAUGGAGAGCCUGGGGCUGCCAGCAGUGACCCUCAGGGACGGCACCAUGGCCUACCUGCAGCAGGCUGCCAGAGGUGAAAAGCUGAUUGAAGGACAAGUCAUUGAACUUGAAGAUGGGACCACAGCUUAUAUCCAUCAGGUGACAGUUCAGAAAGAGUCUGUGGCUUUGGAAGAUGGUCAGCCAGUGGUGCUGGAAGAUGGCAGCAUGGCCUACAUACACAGCACAGCUAAAGACGGUUACGAUCCUGGCACCUUCCAGGCCAUCCAGGUGGAGGAUGGUUCCACUGCCUACAUCCACCAUCCUGUCAUCGUAGCACCUGGCAGCACCAUCCUGGAAGUGCAGACAGGAACUGGGCUCGAGGAGUUAGCUGGGGAGGAGGAAGAUGAUGCCUUUGGUGUGGAGACCAUGAAUGCAUUACAGCAGUACAGCAGUAAGGGGUCUGACAAGGAAGAGGAGGGAGUGACAGACACCUGCCGUAUGAACCCUACAGACUCCAGCAACGUCCCUUCUCAGGAUUUGCAGGAGGAGGAGGUGCACAGCCAUGGGAAGGGGCAGCAGGUCAGAAGCAGAGCUUUCCCCUGUGGGUACAAAGGCUGUGGCCGCCUCUACACCACUGCCCACCACCGCAAGGUACAUGAACGUGCUCACACAGGUGACCGGCCAUAUACAUGUGACUUGCCAGGUUGUGGGAAAGCAUUUGCUACAGGGUAUGGGCUGAAGAGCCACGUGAGAACACACACUGGUGAGAAACCAUACAAGUGUCCAGAAGAUAUGUGUAGCAAAGCCUUCAGAACCUCUGGGGAUCUACAGAAACACAUCCGCACACACACAGGUGAGCGUCCCUUCAAGUGCCCCUUCGUGGGCUGUGGCCGCUCCUUUACCACCUCCAACAUCCGCAAGGUUCACGUCCGGACGCACACGGGCGAGCGGCCGUACACGUGUCCAGAGCCUGGCUGUGGGAGGGGCUUCACCAGUGCCACCAACUACAAGAACCACAUGAGAAUCCACACAGGAGAGAAGCCAUACCUGUGCACUGUGCCAGGCUGUGGGAAGCGCUUCACAGAGUACUCCAGCCUCUACAAGCACCACGUGGUGCACACGCACUGCAAGCCCUACACCUGCAGCAGCUGUGGGAAGACGUACCGCCAGACCUCCACGCUGGCCAUGCACAAGCGCAGCAGCCACGGCGAGCUGGAGGCCACGGAGGACAGUGAGCGGGCCCUCUUUGAGCAGCUGAGGCUGGAAGUUGCUGCUGCUGACAGAGGCUGCCCGCUGAAGAGCCAGCAGAUUGCUUUCCUGUCGGAGAUGGAGGAAGAUGAAGAAGAUGAUGUUGAGCCUACACAGGUCUCACUUAUCUCUCAGGAUGGGACAGAGCAGGUCAGUCUGUCGCAGGAAGAGCUGCGGGCCCUGGGCAGUUCCAUCAGUGUGGUGACACAGAGCGGGGCCCUUGCCGUGCCCAAGGGAGAGCUGGCAGGUGACACUCGCACCGUGACUGUGGCCAACACCGAUGGCACCAAGACGCAGGGGGUGACCGUAGUCGCUUCUGGGGCAGUCGUGUCAGAGGAAUCCGCCGUUGCCCCUCUCCAUCAUCAGCAGGUGGCAUUGCUGGCCACUGCCCACGGCACCCACAUCACUGUGCAGCUGGAAGAGCAGCAGAGCCUGGAGGAAGGCGUCAGCAUGGCUGCAGCAGUAAUCCACUGUGGACCGGUGACGUCUGACACAGCCGUAUCUGAGAAAGGGAGCUGAGGUCGGCAGAGCUGCUGGGGCAGGGGGAGAGGAGCCCUGGCCUGUCAUGGGCGGAGGCAGUGGGUGCUGCAGGGGGACACGGGGCAGGGACAUGUCUGAGCCAGCACCUGCCCCGCACGGGCCGGGAGGGCUGACAGGGCAGCGUGAGGCUGCUGAAGCGACCCCGUGCAAAGGGCUCUUCUCUCCAAGGAGGGAGGGCAAAGAUACUGGACUGCUGCCUUCUCCUGGAGGUUCUGCUGGAGCCUCUCCUGGGCUCUGAGCAGCAGCCCUGUUUUCAGAGAAGCACUUCCUGCCCUCUACCUCUAGGAAUAGUCCAACAGCUCCCCUUUCCUGUCCACCCCUCCAGCUCAGGGACAAGUGGGCAGCAUGUGUAUGGAAGCAACAAAGGCCCAUCAAAGCAAGCCCAGGCUGUCCUGGGCUCGGUGUCAAGGGUGACCAGUACCUGCCAUUGGAGCCAGCGCUCUGACAGCAGUUCUCCCAUCUCUUUGUCACAUUCCACUCUCAAGCAAGCUUCCGUGGCUGACUCCUUGGCUGCAGAGCAGAGCAGCCUGCACUUCUCGAGGGCUGAGCUAGACCUGAAUGUAAAUGUUGAGUUGAAAUAAAAAUAAAUUAACAAUUAAAAGCAGCCCCCUUCUCUCUGGUGGAGGCUGGGAGGAGGUGAUCCAUGUUACUG